AUGGAACGAGACGAGGUUUUUGAAUUCAAAUACAGCGACCGCGUAGAGAUCGAAGCGCCCCUCCCAUCGGAUCGCAUCCGCCGUGGUGGAGCCGACAACAACGGUAUCGCGCAACCGCUCAGGGACAUCGACAUUUCCGACCUCACUGGCGGGCAGAUCUGGCUCCAUUUCGAGACGGAGAAAACCUCGGCCAUUCGCCAUCUCCACCGCUACAUUGAUCGUCACGAUAAAUGGCGAAAAUUGAAACCCGCUUCCGCACCGCUGAAUCUUACCCAGAGAGAUUGGGGCUCGGCACCGCCAGAGUUCUGGCAAUUCAAGGUCGCUCGUGAUGGCCUACUGCAACACCUCGACCUUAUCAGCCGGCUCUUAGAUCUCCUAUACCCCAAUGCGGCCAAGGGACUACCGACCCUUUACUGCAUCGUCGCAUGCCUGACCCUCAUUGUUAGCGCCACCUGGGACAGGAGCGAGUUGGUUGUAAGGGGGUUAUCGUGCGCUUCCCUCGCGGUAGCCACCAGUACUGCGGUCGCGGGAUCCGCGCGAAGCUACGUUGUGCAUUAUUGCAAGGCGGUCAUACGGAGUCUGCUUCAAAGGCUGAAGGGUGACAAGCUGACCGAGGGGGACCGAUAUUCCCUCGAGAGUCAAAUGGUUUGA